GUUCAGGCUGCGCGGCGUCGGAGCAGAAAACCGGGGUUCCCAAAAUAAACCGAAGGCACCCCGACCCUCAGACACACUGAGAGAGAGGGAGGGAGGGAGAGAAAGAGAGAGAGAGAGGGAGAGAGGGGGGAUCCAGGCGGGGAAAAGACCGAGGAUGGAGCAGCAGAGCCAAAGAAAAGACACCACAGCCUGAAAGAAAGCGCCCUUCCCUCCUCUUUUGGUCGCUUCCUCAGCUGGAGAGGAAACGGAGGACCGCUGCGCUGAUUGCUAUGGAUUCACCGCUUUAUUUUUCUAUCGAUUUAGCUUUAAUUAGUGACCCCCGCCAGUGAAGGAGGAACAGGGAUCCAGCGAGAGGAGGAGAGGGAGGAGCGAGAGUCAAAGAGGGGGUGCUGCCUGCCUACAGCCUUACUUUAAUAUUCCAUUAAUUCUUUACCAAAUAAUCUUUUUACUUUGCAUUGUUGUGUCGCUUUGAGUUUUCUCCUGCGGACCAGACAGCUACUAACCAAAUAUUUACAAGAACCAAAAAAUAAUAAUAAUAAUAAUUAAACGCUAUUCCACUAAGACACGGACAGUUUUUCCCCUUAUUUUCUCCUUUUUCAACCCGAGGAUUCACUGUUGGACAGUUUGAGACUUUAAAGGACAGAACAGGAGGAUACUUUCAUUUUUAUUCAAACUCAAACCAAAGCAAAACUCAAGACGGACACCGAGGUUCUCCCAUCUUUACGCACAGCCACCGGGACUCUGAUUGCGCUCCGACUCUUCACAUGGGUGCGAUGAGAGCUGAUCUGAUCCAGGCUCAUAAACCUCUGGCCUGUUUGGAUAAACACUGGUAGCUUUAUUUAUUAUCCCAAAGCCAAGCAGCGCGUCGGUGUCUUUUUAGAAAUUAUCCUUCCGAUUGACCAAAUCUGAAAGUAGAGAGAUGUGAUUCUGCGUCCAGAUUUACUGAAAAACCAAACUUCCCAAAAGCAUCUGAGAGCUGCUGUCCACAAGCAGAGAGCAGAGAAGGCAGGCCAGGAUAGGAGAAGAGAAGUGAGACCAGAAUAAACAAAAACAAAAAAAAUCCAACGACCACCAGGUCGACAGAGGACCAUGUUUGUCCCCCUGCCGGUCCCCUUCGUCUUUCAGAGAACAGCGUCCGACUUCAGCGCCUGGAGACUCAAGUCCUCGCUGGUCCCGCGGUCCAGCCCCGAUAUCAGGAUGUCCAAAGCACCGGGGGAGGAGAAGCCUGGAGCUGAAUAUCCAGGUGAAAGUUCAGACUCUGACAGAAACAGCCCUGAUGACCAGCUGCAGGUCCAGAUGGUGAAGAGCAGCCCUUACAGUCUCUCUCCCUCAGCGGCAGGCGGCAAGGUAAAGAGCGAUGAAAGCUCAGAGAUAACACAGAGCCCGGCGGCCGCCCCUGCUCCCCCCUCCCAGCAGCAGCAGCAGCAGCAGCAGCAGGCUCAGCAUCACCACACACAGCUGAUGCUGGCAGGCAGUCAGCUCGCAGGGCUCGCGGCCCUCCUCCCCGCCCAGCAGCAGCUGCUCCUCCAGCAGGCGCAGGCUCAACUCCUGGCGGCGGCCGUUCAGCAAUCGAAUGCCGCUCACGCCGCCGCCCACGCCGCCGCGCAGCAACAGGCCAAUCAGCAGCAGCAGCAACAACAGCAGCAGCAACAGCAGCAGCCGAGCAAACAGGAGCAGCCGGUCCAGGCUCCGCCUCCACAGCUGGCCCUGUCGCAGCCCAUCCAGCUCACCGCGCAGGACAUCCAGCAGCUGCUGCAGCUCCAGCAGCUGGUUCUCAUGCCGGGUCAUCCCCUCCAGUCCCCGGCCCAGUUCCUCCUGUCGCAGCCUGCACAGGCCCAGCAGCCACAGCAGGGUUUGCUCUCCACAGCAAAUCUGAUCCAGCUACCUCAGCAGAGCGCAGGAGGACUUCUCACAAGCCCACCUCGCAUGGGACUCCAAGCACAGAGGGAGAAGAGCAGCGACGCAGGAAUCAGCAGCAGCAGCUCAGCCUCUGUAGCUUCCAGUGGAAGCAGCAGCGGCGUAACAUCUGUAGGAGCAUCCUCUGCAUCCAGCAGCGCCAUGCCCUCCUCCCUCACCUCCAGCCUGAACCCCGGCAGUCAGACAGCCCACAUGAGCGAAGAACCGAGCGACCUGGAGGAGCUGGAGCAGUUCGCCCGAACCUUCAAACAGCGGCGCAUUAAGCUGGGAUUCACACAGGGCGACGUGGGCGUGGCCAUGGGAAAGCUGUAUGGAAAUGACUUCAGCCAGACCACCAUCUCUCGCUUUGAAGCUUUAAACUUGAGCUUUAAGAACAUGUGUAAGCUGAAGCCGCUGCUAGAGAAGUGGCUGAGUGACGCAGAAACGAUGGCGGUGGACAGCAUGCUGCCCAGCCCCUCCUCCAUCUCCUCCCCCAUGUUGGGCAUGGAGGGUCUUCCCGGCCGACGCAGAAAGAAACGCACCAGCAUCGAGACAAACGUCCGAGUGGUGCUUGAGCGCAACUUCAGCACGAACCAGAAGCCGACGUCAGAGGAGAUCCUGCUGAUGGCGGAGCAGCUGAACAUGGAGAAGGAGGUGAUCCGUGUUUGGUUCUGCAACCGCCGGCAGAAGGAGAAACGCAUCAACCCGUCCAGCAGCAGCACUCCUCCCCUGCCCAGCCAGACCUCGCCUGUCGUGACGCACAAAGCCCACUGCUACAGCCCCCACAUGAUAUCGAGUCAGAGUCUCUCCCAGGUCACCACCAGCCUCAGCACAACAGGAUCCAGCUCGUCACCUUCAGCUUCCUGCCCCAUGACGCCCGUCAGCUCGGCCGCCAUGUCCUCCUCUGUGACUCCUCCUCCUCUUCCUCCUCACAGCACGGCCAGUCCUGCUCCCUCCAGCCUCGGGACGUCUGGGCUCUCCACUGGGAACACAAUGAUGGGAGUAAGCACAGGGAUGAACCAGGCCCUCAUCGGCAGUAAUCCCCUGGCCACCAUGCAAGCUCUGGCAGCCAGCGGCGGUCAGCUACCCAUCUCCAGCCUGGAGGGGGGGCCGGGCCACAUGUUUCUGAGCGGACACGGCGGUCACUCCGUGCCCCCCUCCCUCCGCCCCUCUCUCUUCCUGAACCGCCCUGGCCUCCUGCCAAUGGUGACUUGCUCGACAGCAGCUUCCUCCAUGUCCAGCAUGGGGCUGGUCAGCAGCAGCGCGGGCGGCGUCAGCGGCCCCAGACCCUCCUAUUGCCAAUCUUCACCCACUGGCACCAGCAACCUCAUGAGCCCCACUUCAUGCCCAGAGGAGUCUGCGUCUCCCUGUUCGAGUCCCGCCUCUUUCUGCUCCUUCAGCGAAGCCUCACCGCCGCCCCUGGGAGGAGCCAUGGCGGAGUGAUCAGAGACUGACAGCCAAAGCAGAAGAGGAGGACGAGGAGGAAGCAGAGCUUUAAAAAUCAAAAUCUACAACAUCGCCUUUCAACCAAAGCCAUCUCUCCUCCUGAUCCAUCUCUAGAUUGUCUCUCUUUGCCCUUUUUCCCUCUGAAGUCUCCUGAAGCCAAAAAUACACAGACUCAUGAGGGAAGGAGGUAAAGCGAGUAGGAAGGAUGGAGAGGACGGAGAGAACGAAGAGGGGAACUUUGAAACCAAAUAAUGACCUACAGCUAGAGAGGAGCUUUUCUUUUCACCUGACAUCAUGAAACAAACACCAAAAAGAAAAGAAUAAAACUUGAUGACGGCAGAGAUGAAACUGCUCAGGAGAAACAGGAAGCUGAGGAAAGACUUGUCCCAUAAGCCGAGGAGGCUAAAGAGAAAAACGAUGUACGUGUUUCCAAGAGGAAAACCUACAUUACAAAGAUGUAAACCAAAAUCUCCCAAUACCAAAAACUGCAAACCAAAAAAAAAGAGAGAAAAAAAAACAACAAACGGAGAGAAAAGCUUUAGCUGAAAAAUACUUUUUCUGAUCUUUAUUCUGUCAAACAUCCUCCAUUCCACUCAGGAUUCAUUCCUUUGUUUCAUCUUCAGUCAAAACGCUUUGCAAAACAUCUAUUUUUGUAUUAUUUUCUAACCAUCGACCUUUAAGGCAUUUAUAAUCCCACAUUUUUACAGCUGAUCCCACCUGCAGGAUAUGAACCUACCUCUCACUUCACAGUUUUACAGCGAUCAGCCUGCCGUACAUUUACAGACACUGCUUGUCUUAAUAAAACCCGGAUUUAACGAUGAGAACGGAUGCAAGGAGACGGCUCAUCUUUUCUGAGAAACGCUAUAUUUUAGGUAAAACUCGUACGGCCAAUGAAAGUUAACUACAGCUUUAAUUACAUGUCUGAUUUUUGGAGAUUCAUCCUUAUUUUCUCAAACCAAAGCAAACACCCCGAGCUCAGCCGUUAGAGGGUUAGAUGUGGACACAUUAUCAUGGGAUUUCUUCUUCUUCUUCUUUUUUUUUUACAUUAUUUGCCUUCUUUGAUUUAUUAUCCAGGCCAUACACAUCCCAUCCCACCAUCAUCAUGUCAUCUUCCAGACCGUCACUCUUGGAUACCAAAGCAUCGCCUCUGGCAGCGUUCGUCUCUGGAUUCGCCCGGGAGACGAGAGUCCAGACAAACCUCACACACAAAUACAAGCAUAAGAUAGACCAAAAAAAAAAGAACAAAAGGAGGUGAAACACCGGCGUCCCCCCCCCACUACCACCACCAAAAAAAAAAACCUUGCCCUCCAACCCAUCUGCCCCUCUCCUUUGUCUCCAAAGAUCAGAUCAAAGGGCCCAAAACAAGCGAGGAGGAGCAGAGGAGCCAAAGGGGGGAAAGCAGGACGAAGGAGAGGAUGAGGAGGAAGUGCGCUUGAAGCAGAGGACCAAAAAAAAAAAAAACAACCCAAAACCAAAAGCUACUCCUUCUGCUACCU